AUGACAGGAGAAACAACUGCCACACUCACUACCACCCAAACGAUCACUAGUAACACAUCAGUGAUUGAUCAUAAUCACCCUUAUCAUCUUCAUGCUUCUGAUGCACCUGGUAUGACUAUCGUGAAUAACCCUUUUGAUGGAAAGGGUUAUCAAGGCUGGAAGAGAUGUGUUCUUAUAGCCUUGUCAGCUAAAAACAAGCUGGGAUUUAUCACCGGAGCACAACCAAUCCCAGCUGAUGAUUCUCCAGAUCUGCAGGCUUGGAAUAGAUGCAAUGACAUGGUGACCUCGUGGAUCUUGAAUUCAUUGUCAAAGGAAAUCGUAGACAAUGUGAUUUACUCGAGAACUGUGAGAGAGCUAUGGAUGAGCUUGGAACACAGAUUUGGUCAGUCUAAUGGAUACUUCACCAAAUUGAAAAGACUAUGGGAUGAACUGGAUUCCCUUAAUACUAAUGUCAAGUGCAAUUGUGUGUGCAUAUGUGAAGGGAAACAAAAGUUACAGAAAUCUUUGGAAGAUGAGAGACUCAUGCAAUUCCUUAUGGGAUUGAAUGACACUUAUUCACAAGCUAGGGGUAAUAUAUUGAUGAUCAAUCCUUUGCCUGAUAUUAAUCUUGCAUUAUUCUUUGUAUUCUUGCAGGAUGAAAACCAAAGAGAAUCUUAUGUAAAUUCUACUGUCAAUCCUGAUUCAUCUGCAUUUAUGGUUGGAAAUUCACAUCAAUAUAGAAUCUCUAAACAGGGUCAGAGAUCUAUUGCUUCUUCAAGCAAAUUUGGAAAUGUUUACCCCAGACCUGCACCUGCUGGAUCUCAACAGACACAGCUACAAGGAUUUCUCAUACAGAACCAGAAUCCAAAAUUCAAAGGCAAGAAAGCAAAUUACAACCCCAAUGUCACCUGCACUUACUGUGGGAAAACUGGACAUGUGGAACUUAAAUGUUUCAGACUCAUUGGUUUUCCAGAUGAUUUUCAGUUUACACAUGAGAAGGGUUUCAAUAAUCAGGUAAAGGGAAAUGGAGAUCAAAUUAGGGGAAAUUGA